UAUUUACCGCGGAAGUAAACAACUUAUACUAUACAAGGUGUUCUACGUUAGACAAUUACGAAGAUUUGGGAUUUUGCUGAUACUGAAGAACAGAAAUUAGUAAUAUCGAUGCAUUUUUGCCAAAGUAACGUAAGUGACAUUUUUGGUGAAAAUCAUGUUUUUCCAUUAACGUAAGGCUUUUAUUGUUGAGAAGGUCCUGCCAAGGUGUAGGAAGCCUAGAUUUUACUUUAAACCUUUGUUUUUAGCUUUUUUGGGAAACGUACGUCCAGAUUUUUUUAAAUCAUAUCCGUAAAAGAAACGUAACUUCAUCACUAUUUCCAUCAUAGUAAUGCGGUUUUUUACCGCCAUAAUAACAUAAGUCGCUGUCGGUUUCUGCGACUUACGUCAGAUUUUCGCAGUCAGUGUUUGGCUUACGACAGUGUUAGGUUCGUGCUACCAUCGACUAAUUAUUGAUUUCAGAUUAUGUCUAUGGUCAGUUCACGAACAAAAAGGAUUUUGGCGGCUCUUAGCCAAAAUGAUGAAUCGAAUAAUGUUUAUUUUGAGGAAGAAAUCGGGUCUAUGCCGAUAUCCAUUAUUUCAAGUGACAAUAUUUUUGAUCUAGAUAAUUCCGAAAAAAUUUUUAAAAACUACUUUAAUGAGUUAGCAGAAACUGAUGCAGAGGAUGACAAUGAAGAUGAACGCUCCAAAACUUAAAAAAAUAUAUAUUUUUUACUAGUAAGAAUUUCAUAUUUUCUUUUGUAACGUCAUUUUGUGUUUUUUAAUAAUAAAC